GCAACAGGGCGUCCGGCGUCUGCAACUCGCAGACAGUCAUGUGCGUCGACGGUGGCGGCGACAAUGUGGAGUAUCGCCUGCAUCUCCGCCAUCCUCUGGAGUCUCGGCAGCGGCCUGGGUCCUUCGUGCUGCAGGUUGGCCAACGGCACGUGCAGACAUGCCUGCGAAGGGGCCUCUUUACUCACCAUCGCAACGGACAACGUGGAGCGCCUGCGGUUUGGAAACUUGAUAGCUGAGCUAUGCCCAGAAGAUCAAGAUCUGUUGGAGUUCUGGUCCUGCAUCAAUGACACCCUAGAAGACAUCAACCGUGGAGACGGCUGGUUCGGCCGACCCUGCUGCCACAAGCCCAAGCUCAAGAAAUGCCAGCUGGCCUGCCUAAAGGCGCAAAGCCUCCAAGACCUGCAGCCGGCCUGCAGGCAGAGCGACGAGAUAGACUUCCAAGCCUGUCUGGAAAAGCAAGACUUGGGAGAGCGGUGCUGCAACGGCGCCCAGACCCCCGAGUGCUACAUAGCCUGCAAGGGCGUCUUCGUCGACCCGGAGUCCCGGCGAAAAGAGCGAGAGAUCAAGGAAAGCCUGGACGUCCACUGCUCAGCCCAGAGCCCCGUCGUGCUCGACUGCGUGCGAAACGUAACCCAUGCCAAGCGUUCCCAAACGGCGCACCAAAAGAUCCACUGCUGCGAGCACGCGCCCAACGACAGAUGCCGAAGCACGUGCAUCCACGUACUCCAGACUCUCGAGAUCGAGCAGGAGAUCAUGGAGGGACUCCUAGCUGGCGGCUGCGAUGCGCCGAUGCUUCACGACAAGCUCUGGCAAUGCUUCCUGUACAGCUCCAAGCCCAAGCUCCCAGUGGCCACAAAGACCUUCCUACCCAGCGACGGCGCCAAGAUACAAUGCUGUCUUCGAGCAACCACGAUAGAAUGCCAGAGGUUCUGCCUCAAGACGUACGGGGCGGACUGGGGAUCUUACUGGGAGACCUUCCACACCAAGUGCCAGUACCACCCCGCAGAAGUGGACAUGCAGAACUGCCUCGCAGAUGUGGACGAGCCGUGCGAGCUGGGUUGCGAUGACCUGUCGUACUGCACCCACUUCAACCGGCGCCCGACCGAGCUGUUCCACAGCUGCAACGCGCGCUCGGACAAGACGGCCGAGGCCGACGUGCGCCUCUGGUCCCAGGGUCUGAUCCGCCUGCCGGUCAUGGACAUCCCCGUCCGCAACGUGUCCACCUGUCCCCCGGAGGCCUGGAAGGCCGUCGCCUGCACCCUCCAGCUCAAACCGUGCCACAGACACGACCACGCCAGUGCCAUCUGCAAAGACGACUGUGUGGACAUCCUGAACCGCUGCGUGGACCCAAGCCGCCUCAAGGAGUUCCAGACGCCCUACACCCUCUGCGAAGCGCUGGCUCCUCCGGGGGAAAACCCGCCCUGCAUCUCCCUCAGGCCUUACCUGGAAAUGAGCAAGCUGGAGGCCAACGUGCGUGAGGUCACUCAUCCCUGCAGAGCGCACACUUGCAACGCCUCGAGCAUAUGCAUUCUCAAGCGCAAAUGCUCGGACAAGGACUACCCCUGCAGCAAGUACCAGUGCGUCUCAGGGUGCUUAGUCGGCGAAGCCUCCAAGACGAUUGUGCCCAGGGGGACUUUCGUUAGCAUCCCGACCUUGGCGCACGACAGCAAAUGCUCCAUGGUGUGCCGCUGUUCCAACACGGGGACUCUCCAAGACUGCACGCCACAGCCUUGCACGGGAACUGACGAACCCUGCUGGCUCGGAGGCCGCAAAUACCCACACAACACAAGGUUCACGGUCGACUGCAGCGACUGCUUCUGCGAUUCCGGCAAGGUCACGUGCACCGCAGGGCCCUGUUCCUUGGACGACACCUCCAGACGGAAGGGCAUCCUCGCGAGAGGACUCCCGUGUAGCUGCCCGAAGGACUACUUUGCUGUGUGUGGCUCAAACGGCAAGACAUACCCGAAUGCGUGCCUCGCAAGGUGUGCCGGGGUUAGCCCAGAUCACUUCAAGAUCGGAGUAUGCUUCGACAUGGACCCGUGUGCGUCCAACCCCUGUCCUCGUAACACGAGAUGCAUUGUAAACAGAAAAGUCUGCCUGGUCCUCGGAUAUGAUGUCUGCAAGCAGUACAUUUGUGUGAGCCCCAACAAGAACUGUCGCCAGGAGCCCGCAGAGACUGUGUGCGACACGAAACACCAGGAACACUACAACCUGUGCAUGCUCUUCAAGAGGGGCAGCUCCUUGGCGCACUUUGGAAACUGCGAGCAACAAUGUCAGCAGCACGGCCUCGUUUGCGGCAUCGACGGAGAGACGUACAAGAGCGAGUGCGAGGCCAAGGCGCAGAGGGUUCUCGUCGACUACCGGGGACCCUGCCUCACAGUCGCUGUGCAGGACUACCCUGAAGGGGUCAACGACCGUCUCAGCUACUGCAGCAAGGUCCGCUGUGCUCCUCUGCCGUCCAAGGCCUGCACUCCUACCAUGCUUCGCGGAGUGUGCUGUCCCGUUUGCGGUUCAGCCCUGCGGAUUGGUUACAACGAAAAGCUCGCAAAGCAUGCCGUGAACGCUGCAAAAACAGACCAGCCAAUGACCCUCCGUGAGAUUCUGGAACGACUCCGUGAACAAGUGUACACGUCCGAGUGCGACCUCUUCGGCUAUUUAGACCUGCGCUCCAACAUCAUCGUCGUCGUCGUCCCGGUGACCAAGUACCCUACCAGCCUGCAAGUCAUGGCGUGUCAGAAAGAAGCACAAAAGCUGGACACGCUCAUCCGCGCCAGAAGCCCGCGGCUGCUCAGUCUGCUAUCUCUGUCUGUGUUCACAACAACGGCGGAAGUCCACGAAGAGACAAUGUCAUCUGACACGGCCGGGAGGUCUCCGGGUCUUGAAGUGUCAUGUCUUCUAGCCCUCUUCUGGAGUAUGGCAGCGGUCUACUUGACGGUACCUCUGUGAUCAGCCUGAAAAGUGAGACGUGAUCUUCCCUUCAAACGGCGGAAUAGAGUUGGGGGUACUCUGAGUGAAG